UCGGAUCCAGAUCAAUUGGAUCCCAAAAAAAAAUGAUAUAUUGAUAUCGAUAUGGCAGAUCCGAAACCCAUACUCAGAACCAUGAGUCAGAUUCAGCUUCCUCUGAAUUGUCAGAAAUCGGACGAGUAGACUCUGUCCCAUAACUAAAAGCCUUGAUCGAUCUAGUGGUCAGAAAUCGGACGAGUAGACUCUGUCCUAUAACGAAAAGCCUUAAACCGUACACGUAUUCUUCCUUCCUCUCUGAUCCAAGAGCGUCGCCCUCUGUCCGAAGAAGCCCAGUCAUGGGUAGUGAAGCAAUGGUCAUUUCGUUAAUCUUUCUUCUGUAUGACACCAGCUGUUUGUGAUAAUGUCUUAAUGAUGUAAUGCCCAUAAUUGAUAAUCUUCGUACCAAUUGGUAUCUCUUAUUGUCGUGCUCAUGGCAUUGAAGCAGAAGGGUUGGUAUCAAUUGUUGGAGAGUUUCAGUGGUUGUCAAUUUUAUAGCCCCAGAAUGAAUUGGGAUGAGUUGCGACCCUUGAUUAUGGAAAGAAUCAAGCACAGGGCCAAGGACUAUCCGGUUCGAGCCUUGAUUCCUGUCGCCAAUGAUGUUGUUAAGGCCAGAGCGCUUCUAAUUGAAGGCAUUUCUACCCUUAUCAAAUUCAUACCAAUCAAGGCUUGCAAGUUCUGCCCAGAAUUAUUUAUCGGUGAAAAUGGUCAUCUGAUUGAAACUUGCCAUGGUUUUAGGCGGCGUGCCAAGAACCAGGACCAUACCUGGAUUGAUGGUACCUUGAAUGAUAUUCUCGUCCCUGUUGAGACCUUUCACCUCCAGGGUGUGUCUCAAGAUGUCAUCAAGCAUGACCAAAAAUUUGAUUUUGAACGUUUUCCGGCUGUCCUGGAGUUAUGCCGUCAAGCUGGGGCCAAUGUAUAUGAUGAAUGCCUGUACAAAAGCAGCUCAACAUCAGACAAUGGGAAAAAUUAUAGUGUCAUUGCUGAGUCCUUGUCACAGCCUAAGCUAACAUCAAUGGCGAAGUUAACUUUGGAGGCAUGGGAGAGGCUUAGAGCAGGUGUCCAGAAAUUAUUGUUGGUUUAUCCAGCAAAGGUUUGCAAACGCUGUUCAGAAGUUCAUGUUGGACCCUCUGGUCACAAGGCACAGAUUUAUGGAGUGUUAAAGUAUGAGGGUCGUCAGGGUACCCAUCUAUGGAAGAAGGCCAAAGUAGAUUAUUUGGUGCCUCCCAAUGUCGUUUGGCGGCAGCGGCCUCAGGAUCCCCUUCUGCUUCUGGAUAAUGGACGGGAUUUUUAUGGGUGUGCUCCAGCUGUGAUUGAGCUGUGCCUGCAAGCUGGGGCAACUAUACCUGUCAAAUAUUUCUAUAUGAUGAAGAUACAAGGUUGACCACCACCCUUUGAUUAGCAUAGGAUAGAAAAGCUCCCAUUUAGGCUUUGUUCUCUUAAGGCUGUGUUGAAGCUAUUCACAAAGAGAUUAAUAGGCUGAUCUCGCAUGGGUGCGAUCAAUUCAAUCUACUUCAAUCGAUGGCAUAAUGUACAUUAGAUUUCCAACUGCUACUGUAUCAACUCCUUUGGCUGCACCAGGAUUGCUCCAAGUCAACAUUGAGUUUUGGCUGUGGCUGUAAAAUAGCCUUAGCAUUGAGCGAUUUGAUUUAGGACCAUCUUUGGUUUUAUAGCUAAAUAAUUACACCAUCUUAACAAUCAAGUUAUGCAACUCUUCAGUAGCUUUGGAGUCUUACAGGUCUAGUCAAAUGGAGCCUUGGGUUUCCUGUGGAUGUACCAAUUUUGAAUUUGAGUCUUUCGGAUCAGUGACUACAGAUAUUUAUGUAAACAUAUCAUGUAUGUUCAUUAACAUUUGAUUUUAUUAUGACAAAGAUCAGCAAUUAUUUGUCAA